AUGUGAGAUCCUAAGGCCAUAAGAAAAAUAUUUAAUGGGGCUGGGAAUCACAUUUUUGGCUUGAGAGCUUGAAUUAUAGAAGGCAUCCUAUAUGCGUUUUUAUAUAAGUCAACAAUAGUUCUAUCCCUUUUUCUUAAUAUUUAUUUGAAUUCUGCUGGCUGAGUAUUUUUUAUUGGGACUAAUCUUCAUUACAAAUUCUUAGUAUAA